UUGUCGUAAUUUUCAGGAUUGCAAAAAAGCUCGUCUGGUAGACAAAUUUACAACACCAAUAAUACACCGGGAAAGAAGCCUUCCAUUUUACCAUUAUGAAGAAACAGGUGUUGAUAUUGCUUCUCCUAGUGUCUGGGGUAUUGUUUAUGGUUUCUCCCGAACCGAUGAAACAGAAGAAACCCAAUUUCAUGUACUAUUUUAUUCUCGUCACGAGAGGACCCGGAGCAGGUGGAAAUGGCACCAACACAACCAACACAACCAUGCAACGCAUUCAUGACCAAGCAAGGGUUUUCCUUCAUGACAGGCCGGGCUGGCGGCAAGAAAGACAACGGCGAUUCAAAAAGCACUUCGCCGAGGUACUUUUUGAUGACGUCAUGGGAGCCUUUAAAAGUCUGAAACGACCCCACAAAUUUUUGAUUGAAACUUCAGCAUACCAAUAUCAGGAACGACGUCAUUCAUUUCACCAUGAAGAUAAACCAGGCAAUCCUAAUUCAGUUGAUGUCUGGCACCGAUUUUAUAUUCUUGUAGCAGGAAGGACGCCAUCCAUUGUGCCGUACAAUACCAUGAAGGCACACUUGGCUAUCGCAAUUCUGCUGAUGGAUGCCCAAUUGCGCAUGCUGGUUUAUUCUGAACCGGGAGUUCAGAAGAAAACCACUUGCUGCCCGAUCUUCAUUUUCAUCACGCAAAGUCCCGAUGAAUCAAGUGGAAGUACUGCGGUGCAGGUACUCCGAAGGCGAGUGAACGACCCUGCGUUAUUUCUUGACGCAACAGCAAGGGGCUACCUUCACAACAGGCCAGGUUGGCACCAAGAAAGAGAAUGGCGAUUCAAAAAGCUCUUCUCGGACAUACUUGUUGAAGACAUCGUCGGAACUUCGAAAAAUCUGAGACGCACCCGCAAGGACUUGCUGGAACCCAAUUUUGAAACCCAAAUCCCCCUGUGCACUUGCCAAAAGGCUCCCUUCUGUUCCGUGUUUCGACGCCACAGGAUCGCCUCUGACUGCCACUGGCCACCUGCGACCCCCAAAGUGGGCCAUGUAUCAGAACCUGUUCAUCCUACACGGGGUAACGGCAAGGAUUACAAGUGCGCGGCGCUUCUGGGAUGGGAUCUUGGGCCAGAUGUGGCCCAGGCUUACGAAGUAACUGAGGGACCUCAAGUCAUGUCCUGUCCAUAUACACAACGAGGAUCGGAAUGUUCCAGAAUGUUCAACCUGCAACAGAUUGAUGCCGCCAUUUUGAUUAAAACACAGUCAGAACGGAAAACCAAGAAGUAA